GCCAGUAACACGUACAGUUACUGUGGUCAUUCAUAAAUCAUAAUUUGGGAUAAUUAGUUCAUCUCAUCUUCACAAGGUAUAUAUCUGGAUUCAGGGACCUAGAAAUUAAUUUCUGCCAAUUUUCCUCUCUACAUUCGCUUCUUCGGAUUUCCCGGUGCACGGCUUCCAGAAGACUGGUUGAGAAUGAUUACUUUCGCUUUAGAAAAGCAUUUGUCCAUACCUGAUGUCUGAAUCACGUACUAGAGGCUUCGUUGUGGUAUCUCCAGGUGCACUGCGCUGAAGCAGAGGACAACAAGAUUUGUUUAACUUACAAAACUUCUCGAAUUGAUCGGCGUUUGUCGAUGGAACCACGAUCACAUUGACAUAUAAUCGCCCUCGAAAUGAUGCGGCUGUAUUCAGGCCUUUUACUGCCAUUAUUCUACUCGCCAUGUUCUUAAUUUUUCAAAGUACCAAAGAUCUGUAAAGAAAAAACUUUGGGCUGAAAUCUUGUCCCUGCGAGAAGAGCCGUGGUGUUUUUUUUGUGUGUGCAGCACUCAGGAUGGCGUGACUUAAACAGUGAAACUACGUAAAGCGUCACGUGAAACCAGGGAUGUCUGUCACAUGCUUAGCAUAUGACGCACUCUCGUGGUCACGCAAUCUUUAGUAACUUUAAACGACCGACUCUUUGUGCAAAAGAACUUUUCAAAGAACAAUGCCCGCUUUGGAAGAGAGUGGGAACGUAGCUUCUUGGCCAGCAUCAAAAGCUAGGCAUCAAUUUCGUACAAAUCCAGAGUAUGAGGGGAAAUCAACGUCGGGAUUUUGUAUGCGACAUGUUCAGACAAAUCUGGCGAUCCUUCCAGCUUCACUGGCCGAUGAAUUUGAACAGUUCUGCAAUUUAAACAAAGCUCCAUGUCCAUUAUUGUACAAAAGCAAACCUGGUGAACUAUCUGCUGGAAAUCUCGCCCAGGAUUCUGAUGUAAGAACUGAUCUUCCAAUGUAUUGGGUCUCUGAGAAUGGAAAUGUCACUAAGAAAGUGGGGAACCUAACCAGUUAUCCUCUGGAGGACUAUGUGUCCUUUUACCUUGGAUGCAGCUUUUCCUUUGAAGAUGCAUUGAUGAAAGCUGGCAUUGAACUGCAGCAUGUUGUAAAAAAGCGCAAUGUAUCAAUGUUUAAAACCAACAUUUCAUGUUUGCCUGUUGGGCCAUUUGACUGCCCUAUGGUUGUUUCAAUGCGACCAAUUCCCAGAGAAUUGGUUGAAAAAACAGUUAUUGUCACAGCUGCCUAUGAUGCAGUGCAUGGAGCCCCAAUACAUAUCGGUGAUCCAUCAGUGAUAGGAAUCGAUGAUAUUGAUAAGACAAACUUUGGGGAAUCUUCUGAUGUUGCUGAUAUGAUACCUGUGUUCUGGGCUUGUGGUGUAACGUCAUCAGUUGCAGUAAGAUCAGCAAAACUACCACUAUCAUUCAGUCAUCAGCCUGGCUCAAUGUUCAUAUGUGACACCACUUUGGAAGAAUACUUUAGAGUCAAUAAACCUGAACAUGGCGAUGAACAACCCAAACUUAUCACUUUGGCAGAUCAACCAUUUUUAGCUUCUGUCUGCUCUGAAACUGCAUUUAAAAAAGUGGAAAAGCUUAGUAAACUGUUGGGUCAUCAGAGUGGUUUUGAAGGAGAUGUCUAUGAUUCUGAUUUCCUGAAGAUUUCUGCCAGAUUGUCCCAUGCUCCAUCUGUUGUUAUAGGCAUUCUUGAUGAGGAAAUAAUACCUUCCUCUGAAUUGGCAACUUCAGAUGGUCUCCAAGGAGUUAUCACUUUGGUCAAAGCACUUCAGGCAGUGAAGAAGAAGAUCACCAUUAUCACAGAACACAAUUCACAAGUGAUUCAUGACUGUGUCACAGCCAAUGCUUCCCAAGGAAUAUCAGAAAAAGAUGUCCACAUUGUUACAUUGGAGGACAGUAAGAACUUGAAGGACAGCCUUUUUACUGGGAAUGUAAAUCACAAACUGGAUACAGUGAUAGCUUUACAAAUGACAACAGAGUUUAGCAAUAGCAAUAGUGGAUCUGAAAGGACCAUUCAAGUUGGUUUGGUGGACAAAUUAUUUCAGGAAGUUUAUAGCUUUCAAAAUGGAAUUGUGUCAGUGAAAAUCACCACCAACAGACAGGAGACAUCACCAAAUGGCAAUUGCAGUUCAGUUUAUAGUCAUGUUAUGGUUGCCAACUCCAUGCAGACAGCUGCAUUGGGUCUUUCUGCUGCCUUAUAUGUCCUGAAUAGCUGUCCAAUUCACUCACGGUAUCUACGGCAUGGUAUUGGCAAAAGAGAAGUCUUCCAAGUUGGGCAAUUCCUUGUGAACAACACUGAACAAGAAAAAACAUGCCACCAGAUUCUUGACUGGAUUAAAGACAUCUGAAGAUUCAUUUUCAAGAACUAAAUUUGCUUUAAUGUUUUAUGAAUUCCAUGCAGACAAUUAUCGCUGCAUGUUUUUCUUCUUCGAAACAAAACUGACUUUGUUUCGUUUGGUUUUUUGGAAGGGAGGGAGGCCUCAUCAUUUGGUGAUUUCAGGCAACAAAUAAGAAUAAAAGAAUCAUAGGCAAGCAUUUUUUAAUCGAAGUUUUAAGAUUUGAAAAUUUUGCUGUGCACUUCAAACUGAGUGGCAAAUAUUUGUCAAUGAGGAAAUGGAAAUAAGACACAUAUUUCUCCCUUCUCAUUGAACAACCCACUUUGCAAUAUUCACAGGUUUGACCCAUCAGUGGGUUUCUUAAUACAAAGCUGCCCACAUGAAACAUUUUAAACCUUUAACUCCUAUGAGUGAUUCACAUGUAACUUCUCCCUAAAAUAUCCAUUCCUUAUCCAGCAAAGAGAUAAUGAGAAUUCUCAAACUUAUCAGGUACAAGUUGUUGUCUUGAUCUAACACCAAAUUCUCAUAACUGAUUUAUGUGGAAAUGUGUAGCAGCUAGAGGGGAGAAUUAACAAUCAGAUCUUAGCAGUUAAAAGGACAAUUAAUUAAAGUUCUCAACCACAUAUUUCUCUAAUUUUGGUAGUGAAUGUUAUUGAAAAAGGUGGGAAACUCAUGACUUUUUGGCUUAGCUGCUGGUAAAGAUCUUUCUUUGAUAUCUUUCAGAGGUAGAAGGGGACGUAUUGUACACAAAAUGACUUCAGGAGGUUGGGGUUCUUACUUGGUUUAGAAGACAAAGUUGACAUAAAACGACAAAGAACCAAUUGGUUCCCAUUUGGUUAAUGUUAACCCCAUCGUGUUUGUCUUUCUUUGCAAACUAAUAUUUUAAAGUUUCACUCCAGUGGUCAUCAACAAAAACAUCUCAGAAUGGUUAAGAAGAUUCUUUAAUUUAUUUUAAAUUUCAUCUUUGGUAAUGUUUGUGUGGCAAAAUAAAAUGAAGUGAUUACGUGGCUACAGCAAGGGUUUCAAUGACUUUUUCCAUAGGCUAUUGCCGGUGGUGUAUUUAACGGCUGUGCUGUAAGACGAGGUGAUGGACAAAACACUGACCCCAGUACACGGAUAGGUUCUAUGAGAGCACUGCAAUCUAUAUACACCUUUAUUGCACAUGCCCUCGUAAUUUACACAGAGUAUUUCUUGCUCAAAACUCGAACAUUAACGUCGAGUCAGCACGGGGAGUGGAAACAAAUCAUUUCCGCGGGUCUACUUAAUUUCAGUACUUUAUUUUCCUUAAUACUUGUGUCCACUUCCAUGAUAUAGCUUAUUGCUUCUACUUCGAGGUUCAAUUCAUUAACGCUUGUAAACACAAUAACCCUUCUCUAGAGUAUUAGCAACGUGCCUGGUUAAACAACAUGCCGCGCGUUGAAACACAUUCGAUCAUCUUGCAGCUG